UAUCAUUUUACCCGGAACAGCUUAUAUUUCCUAUAGUUUCCGAGGCUAUCCGAUCGGAAGAGUAGUUUGCGGGAACGUUCCGGCAAUCUCACACAAUGGAGAGGUUACAUGUCCUCAGGGGACACCUGGUGAGGAACAAAACCAAGGCUAAACCCCAACAACAAGAAUGUGUUGCACCUUUUCAGAUCCCUGAUGAAGUGUGGAGGCGGUCUGUCGAACAGCUUGGUGUGGAAAUCAGUGAUCCUCCGGCUCAACUUAAAACUGCUUUCAAAACUCUUCUGACAUUAGAGGCCGUCAAAUUUCUAGACGAUUUGGUACGGCAAUUUGAGGAUGCAGUUGACCAGAUGCUGAUUAAUCGUCGGUUGAAGAAGUUGGACCUUGACACCUCUGGGAAGUUACCCAAUUUUCCUGUAGAUGACAGAGUUCGUCAGGGUGAUUGGUCUGUAGCUCCCAUCCCAGAGAGACUCAGAUGUCGCCACGUCGACCUAGGGGAUGUGUCACCUAGCAACAUUGAACAUUUUGAAGCUGCUUUGAAAUCUACUGCUCAGGGAAUACAGACUGACUUUGAUGAUGGUCACUGCCCCACCUGGACCAAUCAGCUGGGAGGAUUAUACAAUGUCUACCGGGCAGUACAUGGACAGAUUCCAGGUGUAGCGGCGAUUGAUCGUCUUCCUGUGAUCAUGAUGAGACCCAGAGCCUGGAACAUGGUGGAACCCAAUGUAUUGGUCAGUGGGAAGCAGAUCCCUGGGCCCUUGUUUGACUUUGGAUUGCUGAUGUUCCACAAUGCCCAACACCUGUUAAACAAUAAAAGUGGUCCAUACUUUUACCUGUCCAAGCUUGAAGGCAGACAGGAAGCUCAUGUGUGGAAUCAAAUAUUCACCUGGACAGAAAAACAGUUAGGACUGCCCCACGGAUGUGUGAAGGCCUGUGUUCUGAUUGAGAAUGUCCUGGCCUCCUUUGAGAUGGAGGAGAUUCUCUAUGAAUUACAAGAUCACAGUGCAGGACUGAACUGUGGGAUUUGGGAUUACUCAGCGUCAUUCAUCAACAAGUUUGGAUGCAGGAAGGCUUUUCUCCUGCCAGACAGAAACAAGUAUGUUUCCAUGGACAGACACUUCCUCAAGAGUUACAUGGACUUGGUAGUUGAAACCUGUCAUCGCCGUGGUUGCCCAGCAACAGGGGGAAUGGCUGCAUCCUUGCUUCCCAACUCGACAGCUACAAGUGUGGAAUAUGGAAAUGUUUUACAAACUGUCAAACAAGGAAAAGGGAAGGAGAUCAGAGCGGGCGUGGAUGGAUUCAUGGUGUACGACGUCCGUCUUGUCGAACCCAUGCAGAAGCUUUUUAAGGAGCUAACACCUGGAGAGAAUCAGUAUCAUGUGUUGAGAGGUGAGGUGGCCAUCACAGCGACAGAUCUCCUCCUCAUGCCCACUGGUGGAGUCACACGCAGUGGACUGAAGCACAACAUUACUGUUGGGAUACUCUUCAUUGACAGCUGGCUGAAAGGUCAAGGUCACUUCAGGCUGAAGGGAGCAAUAGAGGACUCAGCCACAGCAGAAAUAUCAAGGUCACAGGUCUGGCAGUGUAUCCGUCACCAGGCAACUUUGGAAGAAGAUGGCAAGGUGAUCACCUUGGUGAUGGUACAGUCUGUCGCAGGUGGAGUUGUCAGAGAUGAGCUGUCGGGGAUGAGAGCCAGGGGCAAGCUAUCCCAGGCCGACUACAGCAGACUUCAGACAGCAGCACAGAUGUUCCUAGAAAUCGUCACAAAGAGAGAAUUCCCAGAAUUCAUCACCACCUACCUGAGUUUGAAUCAUACUUGGCUCAGCUUCCAUCAAACAAACUCUGUGAAACUGAAUUGAUUUAAAAUUGGCUGUCUUCUUUAAAGGUAUACAAGUACUGGUUGUCCUUUGUGACCUUAUUUUGAAAGUGUAUUCCUUCUACUUUGUGAAUGACUCUGUCGAGUUAUUAUACCUUACAAAACUUAUACACGGUAUGUUGUUUUAAGCAGAUGAAUAUAUAUAUGUAUAUAUUGUUAUAUGUUAUCGAGACACAGAACACUUACAU